GGGUCCAAAGCGGGGUCUCCGCUGGAAGCAAGCAGUAACUUGCAGAAAGAAGAGAAAGUUUUGCAGCGUAACUCCAUGGGAAUGCCAGAAGUCAAUACAACUGGAAGGCAGGUUGGUGAGCUGUUGUGUGUGUUGGGAGGGAAAUGGAGAAUUUAAAGCUAAAUGUGCUGGACUUGGGUUGUUUAUUGAUGUGCUAAACCUUCUGUAUAUGAAUAGCUUCAAUCCCCAGCAUGACUCCAUGCCCUUUAACAAGUAGUAUGCUGCCAAGGCCUCUGAGGUCUCUGAAAUUAAUCUUUGAGAGCAAAUGGUAAUGAGGUAUGCUAUAUCAUUAGCUAAUGAGCGUUUUCUUUCGACUCCACCUCUAAUAGUAUAGAGUGGUGGUUCCCAGUAAGGAAACAAAUGAGUGCUUCUCCUUUUGAACUGUGAUUUCUUGAAUAGUUUGAUAUGUGCUGGGUCAUUCUCUGGUAUCACAGAAAUUGCAGAAACAUUGAAACAUCAUAAUUUUAGGUUUUGUCCAAUGCUGACUCUCCUCCUAGCUGUGCGCUGCAACCUGAAAUGAGACAGAAUUUUGCUUUUGACAACAUGGGCUACGAGGAGAGCUUUGAAGCCAUGCCCUCACCGUCUUCCCAGGAGCGCACCGUUGCAAUCAGUAUUGUAGGAAUGACUUGCCAGUCUUGUGUGCAGUCGGUAGAAGGACGAAUGUCCAAAGUUAAGGGUGUUGUGAGCAUUAAAGUCUCCCUUGAACUGAAUAAUGCUGUAGUAAAAUAUCUACAGUCAGAAAUAAGCCCUGAACAGAUUUGCCAAGAAAUAGAGGAUAUGGGCUUUGACGCUAGCAUAGCAGAAGAAAGGUUGACACCAGUGUCUGUAAAUUUGCCGUGCUCGAGAGAAGCAGUAAUAAAGCUUCGGAUAGAAGGCAUGACGUGCCAGUCCUGCGUCACCAGCAUUGAAGGAAAGAUUAAGAAACUUCACGGUGUGGCAAAAAUCAAGGUGUCACUCAGUAACCAGGAAGCAGUUAUUGCUUACCAUCCGUAUAUCAUUCAGCCUGAGGAACUUCGGAGCCAUAUCAGUAACCUGGGGUACGACUGCACCGUUAAGAAUAAAUCAGCACCUUUGAAGCUUGGUGUGCUUGAUGUCAGGAACCUGCAGAGUGCAGACCCCAGAGAGACACCAGUAUCCCUCGGGAAGGAGGUUUUACAUCCACUGGUUGCCAACAAGAGCAGCACAGCUACAGUGACUGUACAUAUAGAAGGCAUGCACUGCAAAUCUUGUGUCAGAAACAUUGAAGGAAAUAUCUCCUCUCUUCCAGGAAUACAAAGUAUUGAAGCCUCCUUGGAGCAUAAAUGUGCUGUUGUACAGUAUAGCCCGAAUUUAAUUACCUUGUCUGCUUUGCAGCAAGCUAUUGAAUCCCUUCCACCUGGAAACUUUAAAGUUUGCCUCCCUAAUAGUUCAGAAGCAAAUAACCAAGCAUCUCCAUCUCCUGCUUUGGUAUGUGAUCUCUUCAGAGAGCCACUGAAAGACACAGUGUGCACAGCUGUUAUCAGGAUUGAUGGCAUGACCUGCAAUUCCUGUGUACAGUCCAUAGAAGGAACAAUGUCUCAGAGACAAGGCGUGCAGCAUGUAGCAGUUUCUUUAGCUGACAAGACUGGAACCAUACAUUAUGAUCCAGCUAACACGAAUGGAGAAGAGUUGAGAGCUGCCAUAGAAGAAAUGGGGUUUGAUGCAUCUUUGCUGACAGUUUAUUGUGCAUUUAUUCAAGAUACUGGUGCAGGAGAAUACAAGCGUUGGCCUGAUGCCAGUAAUGCCACAGCACAGCCUCGAGCCCCAGAGCCUCCUCGCCAGGGUUGUGUCUCCGAUGCACUUCCAGACAGCCCUCACCUUGAUGAGCCAAACCAGCCCAGCGGAGCAACAGCCAAGAAGUGUUUUUUACAAAUCACUGGCAUGACCUGUGCAUCGUGUGUGUCUACCAUUGAAAGAAAUCUGCAGAAGGAAGACGGUAAUAGAUUUGACAUUCCAAUAAUGAGUCCUGAGGGACUGCUGGUUGGAAAAGGUAUUAUUUCAGUGUUGGUAGCACUGAUGGCAGGUAAAGCAGAGAUAAAAUACAAGCCAGAGUUCAUACAGCCUCUUGAAAUAGCACAGUUGAUCCAGAAUUUGGGUUUUGAAGCCACUGUCAUAGAAGAUCAUUCAGAAGCAGAAGGAAAUGUGGAGCUUCUUAUUACAGGGAUGACCUGUGCUUCCUGUGUUCACAAUAUUGAAUCCAAACUUAUGAGAACAAAUGGCAUAUUCUACGCCUCAGUUGCACUGGCUACUUGCAAAGCUCACAUCCAGUUUGAUCCUGAAAUUACAGGACCUCGAGAUAUUAUAAAAAUAAUUGAGGAAAUGGGCUUUCAUGCUUCUGUGUCUAGAAGAGUUCCAAAUACACAUAACUUGGAUCAUAAAAAGGAGAUACAGCAGUGGAGGAAGUCUUUCUUGUGCAGCCUUGUGUUUGGUAUUCCUGUCUUAAUCCUAAUGAUUUAUAUGCUAAUACCUGGCGGCGAACACCACGGGGCUAUGGUGCUGGAGCAGAAUCUCAUUCCUGGAUUAUCUAUUUUAAAUCUUCUCUUCUUUGUCCUGUGCACUUUUGUUCAGUUUCUUGGUGGAUGGUAUUUUUACAUACAAGCUUACAAGUCACUGAAGCACAAGGCAGCCAAUAUGGAUGUGCUUAUCGUACUGGCCACAACGAUUGCUUAUGUGUAUUCAUGUGUGAUCCUGUUGGUGGCAAUAAUUGAAAAGGCAGAGAAAAGCCCCGUCACUUUCUUUGACACUCCUCCAAUGCUGUUUGUAUUCAUUGCCCUUGGGAGAUGGCUUGAACAUAUAGCAAAGAGUAAGACCUCAGAAGCUCUUGCUAAACUUAUAUCUCUUCAAGCCACGGAAGCCACUGUGGUGACUCUAGGACCUGACCACUCUAUCAUCAGAGAGGAGCAGGUACCUGUUGAACUGGUUCAAAGGGGUGAUAUUGUAAAGGUUGUCCCAGGUGGAAAGUUCCCAGUGGAUGGGAAGGUCAUUGAAGGCAAUUCUAUGGCAGAUGAGUCUCUCAUUACUGGGGAAGCUAUGCCUGUCACUAAAAAGCCUGGGAGCACAGUGAUUGCUGGCUCUAUAAAUGCACAUGGCUCAGUUCUUGUUAAUGCAACUCAUGUUGGUAAUGAUACCACCCUAGCACAGAUUGUGAAAUUGGUGGAAGAAGCUCAAAUGUCAAAGGCACCAAUCCAGCAACUGGCAGAUAAGUUUAGUGGAUAUUUUGUUCCAUUUAUCAUCAUAAUUUCUACAGUGACUUUGAUAGCAUGGAUCACAAUUGGUUUUAUAAAUUUUGAUAUUAUUCAGAAAUAUUUUCCUAAUCAGAACAAGCACCUUUCAAAAGCUGAACUAAUACUGAGGUUUGCAUUUCAAACCUCAAUCACUGUGCUGAGCAUUGCAUGCCCCUGUUCUUUAGGCUUGGCUACUCCAACAGCUGUGAUGGUGGGCACAGGAGUUGCUGCGCAGAACGGUAUUCUCAUCAAAGGCGGAAAACCCCUGGAAAUGGCACACAAGAUCAAAACUGUGAUGUUUGAUAAAACGGGGACCAUUACUUGCGGAGUUCCUAAAGUCAUGAGGGUUCUUCUGCUGGGAGACACAGCUGUGCUCUCUUUGAAGAAGGUACUGGCAGUGGUUGGCACUGCAGAAGCCAGCAGUGAGCAUCCUCUAGGAGUGGCGGUCACUAAAUACUGCAAAGAGGAGCUUGGCACUCAGAGCCUGGGAUACUGCACCAACUUCCAGGCAGUCCCAGGCUGUGGCAUCAGCUGCAAAGUAGGAGGUGUUGAGGCUGUCCUGGGCACGGCUGAGGAGGGUGUUGAUAAGUUGGACGUUAACAAGAGUGGGGACAGCAGUGCUCCUCUGGGAGAUAACGCACUGAUCACACUCUCUGAAUCAAAUGGUUCAUCAUCUUCCCAUAUAUACUCAGUAUUGAUUGGAAAUCGUGAGUGGAUGCGACGGAAUGGCUUGCAUAUUGCAAACGAUGUAAAUGACGCCAUGACAGACCACGAAACAAAAGGACAGACAGCCAUAUUAGUGGCUAUAGAUGGUGCCUUGUGUGGAAUGAUCGCAAUCGCAGACACUGUCAAGCAGGAGGCAGCCCUUGCUGUGCACACGCUGAAAAACAUGGGAAUAGAUGUGGUGCUGAUAACAGGCGACAACAGGAAAACUGCAAAAGCCAUUGCUACUCAGGUUGGGAUCAAAAAAGUCUUUGCUGAGGUUCUUCCUUCUCACAAAGUUGCAAAGGUCCAAGAACUCCAAAAUGGGAGGAGAAAGGUUGCAAUGGUUGGUGACGGAGUCAAUGAUUCCCCUGCGCUAGCCAAGGCCGACAUUGGAAUUGCAAUUGGAACGGGCACCGAUGUUGCCAUUGAAGCAGCAGAUGUUGUUCUUAUCCGAUGUCCUUCUGUCUUACAGAAUGACUUGCUGGAUGUAGUUGCCAGUAUUCACUUAUCGAAGAGAACAGUGCGGAGAAUACGAAUAAAUCUGAUUCUUGCCUUAAUUUAUAAUCUGCUUGGAAUACCAAUAGCAGCAGGUGUGUUCAUGCCUGCUGGUCUUGUGCUUCAGCCUUGGAUGGGAUCAGCUGCCAUGGCAGCUUCUUCCGUGUCUGUCGUGCUGUCUUCCCUGCAGCUGAAAUGUUAUAAGAAGCCAGACACAGAAAGUUAUGAAGCUCAAGCUCAAGGUCACAUGAAGCCCCUCACUCCUUCCCAAAUCAGUGUUCAUAUUGGAAUGGAUGACAGGAGGAGGGAUUCAUUCAGAUCGGCUCCUUGGGAUCAAAUUAGUCAAGUGUCUCUCUCUUCCUUGACUUCAGACAAGCUGCCGAGACAUAAUGGGUUUUUUGAGGAGGAAGGGGACAAGUGGUCACUGCUGAUGAAUGGAGGAGAUGAAGAACAGUACAUCUGAAGUGUUGUGUUCUCAGUACAGCAGGGAACACUCCACCUCACCAGUGACAACAGGGACUGAGUCAUGUCAUCAAGAGCUUCAGGGUUUUAAGUGGAAUUAUUCCUUUGGCUCACAAAACAAUUACAGUUCUGUUUCUUGUUGUAUGGACUGUGGAUUUUUUCAGGUCAACAGUUACUCCUAGUCACUGAAAGAAUCUGUGACUCUACUGUGCUCAUUUGCACGUAGCAAUUAGUGAAAUAAUGUAAAAUAGUAAUUUUCAGAGUCUAACAGAGUUUCUGUCUUUUGGACUGUUUGCUGGGCACCAAAUUUCAUACUUCACACUCUUUCUAAGUUUAUUCUUUCAAGAGCACAUGAAGCAAAAAACAUGCUCAUAGCCUCCAAACACUCUGCCCAUCUGAAAAUAUCCACUGCAAUAAGGAGCUCUGUGGUUGGAACGCACAGAAUCCUAACUAGUCAUGUCAUUGUGGGAGCACUUUAUACUUAGGAUUCAUGUGCAUCUUCUUGGACCAAAAAAGCUUCAGUGUUUCACUGACUAUAUCUGUCUGAAACGUCUCUUUCAAAUACUUUCACUUUCUUUGAACUAUCAAACUCUUUUGAUGCACAUUUUCACAUCUGAACUUGUUCUGUGAUUCCCACUGCUCUCUUAGGCUUUCUCUUUUGCUCCAUAUGAGCUCUUUUUUCUUCCCUUUCUCCACACAAUACAUCUUAUGACUUAUUACUAUGUUUACAGAUAUUCCUGUUUGGGACAAAUUCCUUUAAGUCAUUGGGAAUUUUCCAUUCUUAAGGAAACCCACAAAGGCAGAGCAAUUAGUGGUCUGAGUUAGUACAUAAUUUUCCUGUGGAUAUCUUGCACGAUCCCUUAAAGUCCUGGAUAGUUGACAGUUGGCAGUCUCUUCCCUCUGACCAAGUGAAGAAUUUCUGUCAGUGUGAAUGAAGCUGACAGUUACCAUGGAGUGACUGAAAGCAGAACUAUGUCUACAGAUGGUGUUACUGCAGCGUGGCUGGAUGGAGUGAGUUCAUUGCAUAAAUCAGCAUACAACCAGCUUACUGGUUGCUUAAAGUGCAGCCAUGAGGUUAAAAGGGAAUGGUUGAAAAGUGGCCUUAAAGUGUGGGAUUUCUACUUGCCACACGGUAAGAAACUCUUCCUGAUGACAGAAGGGUAUGAAGAUUUGUAAUAGCUUGAAUUUUAAGGUAAAUGGAUUUCCAUGUUUUCAAUUGGUUUCACGUUCCUUCUUUGCUCUAGUUUAAUAAGAAACCAAGGUGCUGAACAACUCGCCUUUCACUUCAAUGUCUUUACCAAAGCUGGCAGUAGCUUUAUUACUCUGAGUGUUGAAUUCAGCCCUUAACACCAUCUAGAGUCGGGACAAUAGGGAGCAACUGCUGAAGUGCACUGAACCUGGACCUCUGGUGCUGUACUGCUGAACUGUGGGACUCUGAAAUAAGCAGACCAGAAUUUUAUGUUCUGAUUUGAGAGGUGAAAGAACGGGAAUUACUGUACUAAGCAAUAUGAGAUAACGUUCACUGACUCGAAUAUAGAAUUGUUUCAAACAGGGGUUCAAGUCCUGCUCCUCCUAAUUUUUUUGUUGUUGUUUUUACAAGACAGGAAAGGGACUGUGCCUAAAGCACCACACAGAUCUUCCUGUUCUCUCUUCCUCUUAAUAUUACAUUUGAGCUGUCACGAGAAUACAUCAACAGCGUUGUCUAAAAUACAAUUACUCAUGUUUUAAAACUGUAAAAUCUCCUUAUACACGCAGAGAUGACUUUCACAGCACACUCACUGCUCAGACAUGCCAUAAAUGCCUUUACAUGGCCUUUAGGGGAAGUUGGUUUACUGUUUCACUAUUUUAUGUUUUCUUACCAGAGCUUACAGUAAAAAAUAUGGUGUUUUUUUAAACAAACAAGCAAAA